UCAGUUCAGUGCUCAAAUAGCGUACUCUAUGUAACACAAUCCUGUCCCAAGCUAACCAGACAAACCGAUUACAAUGCACAUCCUACACCGAACCAACGAUCAUCAGUUCGAGGAUCAAAAAUUUAUGAUGGAGCGCUUAAGUGGUCAUGGCAGCUUAGGUCUAACUAGUAGUAGUCCAGCUUAUACAACCCAUUCCGGCGGACACGCGGGUCGAGGGGGUCCAGCAUCAGGUCACAGUGGACACAGUAGUACACAUGGGUCGGCAGCUACCAUGCAUCACCAAUCACUGCAGUCCGAUUUCCAGCCUCCGUACUUCCCGCCGCCUUUCCACCACUCAACCCAAAGCCCUCCGCAGCAACAGAUAUCUGGCUAUUUACAGAACCACGGAGCACUCGAGUAUUUGGGCACAGAUCCCUAUGGCCAACCGUUGUCCUCUCUGCACCAUGCCCCACUCCAUCACUACAAUCAGUUGGCGGGCCUUAGGUCGACGCAGGACCAGCUGGGGAUCCACAGGACGCAUAGAGAAGCUGAGCUGCAAGGACAUGUUACCCAGUUGUCCCAUGGGUUUCCAUAUACGGACAGGAGAAGCGACUACGGCAGUGCAAUAACGGCUGGAGCUGCGCACGGCGGCAGGCUUGGUCAUGAGCAUGAGUCCUUGGCUCUACAUCAGGCUCUACAGAAUGCAGUUGAUGACGGUCAAGCUCCUGCGUUAGAUGACAAUGUGGCGUUCAUGUCGGACUUGCCACUCAUAAAGAGCAUGAAAAGUGGGAAGGACGUUGGGAACAUUGGCUCAGGUUCGCCGAGCGAAGUGUUUUGUGCCGUUCCUGGUCGCCUCAGCUUACUCUCUAGCACGUCGAAAUAUAAGGUGACGAUUGCGGAAGUGCAACGCCGAUUGUCGCCGCCCGAAUGCCUCAAUGCGUCGCUACUGGGUGGAGUGCUCAGAAGAGCUAAAAGCAAGAAUGGCGGACGCCUAUUGAGGGAGAAGCUCGAAAAAAUCGGACUAAACCUGCCGGCCGGGCGGCGGAAGGCAGCCAACGUAACGCUGCUCACAUCCCUGGUAGAAGGAGAGGCUACUCACUUGGCAAAAGAUUUUCACUUUGUCUGCGAAACGGAGUUUCCGGCAAGGCAACUGGCCGAGUAUAUUGUGCGUCAUCAGACGGAACCGCAAGAUUCUUAUAGGCGGAAAGAGCUUAUUCUUCAUUCACAACAGAUCACAAAAGAACUUAUGCAAAUAUUAAGCCAAGACAGAACCACGCAUUUCGGUACAAGAUCGCAGCAUCUGUUGGAACCGUCUAUGCAGCGCCACUUGACCCAUUUUUCGUUGAUAACUCACGGAUUUGGGUCACCCGCAAUAAUGGCCGUUUUGCACGCUUUUCAGACAUUUCUUAAUGAAUCAUUAAAUUAUCUGGAGAAAUUGUAUCCCUCAAAUGGAGGCGGAAUGGUAUCGUCAUCUCUAGAUAAAAGCAAAAUCGACAACGAUAAGAAAUGA